AUGGACAUGCGGAAGCCCGUGCGCGGGACCAUCGCGUCGGCCAUCAGCGAGGCGCGCGCGUCGCUCAAGGACCCGAGCCGGCCCUUCACGCCGGCCGCGAUGACGCGAAACCGCGCCUUAUUUUUCGAGGACCCGUCGGGCGCGCGGGGCGACUCGCUGGGGUCGUCGCUCCGGCGGAGCGUCGUCACGCAGCAGGCGACGAAGCGCGAGCAACGCCAAAGCGAGCGGCGGGAGGCGCCGCCGCCCGCGCGCGCGCCGCCGGGGCCCGAGGACGACGGCGGCGACGACGACGACGACGCGGACCCCCGGGCCGAGCGCCUGCGGCGGGCGGCGGCGGCGCUGGACCGGCUGAGCGCGGCGGAGCCCGACGACGUCAGCGACCGGCUGAGCGUCCUCGAUUCCUGGUUCGAGAGCCAGACGUUCAACGACGCGCCGUCGGCGGCGCGGACGGCCGUCGUCGAGGCGCUCGUGCGCGGCCUCGACCACGACGACCUGCGGAGCCGCCUGAUCAUCGCGCGGGAGACGCUGCGCCUCCUCGACGGCACGGUCCUGGCGGGCGACGGGCCGCGCGAGGCCGCGACGUUCCGAGCGGCGUUCCAGGCCUCGAGGACGCCCGCGAACGACCCCCUCUUCUUCGACGUGAAGCUCGUCGCCGUGCUCCUCGCCGCGCUGGCCCGGGCGGCCCAGAAGCUCGCGCCGGCGGCGAGGAAGGAGGACCGCGCGCGGCAGCGCGCCGCGCCCGCGGCCCUCGAGCCGCUGAUCUACGCCGCGGGGACGAUCAAGAACCUGACGAACCACGACGGCCACCUGCGGCCCCUGGGCCAGCUCGGCAUCAUCUGCACGCUCUGCGACCUGCUGCGGGCCGCCGUCGCGCACCACCGCCACGAGGAGAAGCGCACCGUGGACGACGCGUCCGAAAAGCGGCGCUUCGACACGCGGAAGAAGCAGGUCGCGCAGCUCCUCGUCCAGGUCUCCGGCGCGCUGCGGAACAUGUGCGCGGAGAAGAGCCAGCUGCGCCAGCUCGGCGCCGCGCGCGCGGCGACGGCGCUCGCGGCGUGCCUCCGGCCCUUUGGGACGCGGUACUGGGAGCUGACGCUGAACGUCGCGCGCGCGCUCGCGAAGCUCAGCCUCCACGAGCCGACGCGCACGGCGCUCCACGGCGACCCGAAGCGGCUCGGCGACGUGCUCGCGACCCUCGAGGCCGCCCACGAGGGCGCCCUGGCGCUGGGGGGAACCGCGGAGCCGUCGGACGCGCUCGCGCCGAUGCCGGCCGUCGUGCUCCGGCUGGCCUUCGCUUUGGGCAACCUGACGGCGUCGAACGACGCGAACCGGGUCGUGCUGGGCAUCGACCACGGCGGCGCGCUGCCCCUCGUGGCGAUGCUCGAGAAGUCGGGCGCCGCGUUCCUCGCCGGCGGCGGCGGCGACGACGCGGAGCAGGUGCUCAUCAAGCUCAUCCGGCUCGUGGCGAACAUGAGCAUCAACCCGGACGUCGGCGUCCUCGUCGCGAACGCGCCGGGCGUGCGGUCGCUGACGCGGCUGCUCCGCGUCGCGCUCGACCGGUCGCGCGAGGAGCUCGUGCUCAACAUCGUCUCCGCGAUCACGAACCUGUCCUACUACGUCACGCACCGGCCGCCGCGGGCCUACGGCUUCAAGGAGGACGAGUCCCUCUUCGCGGACCACGGCGCCACGUGCGGCGGCCUCCUCGACGCGCUGCUCCACGACAACAGCGAGGCCGUGUCGGAGACCGCGCGCGCGUUCGGCAACUUCUCGCGGGACGCCGCGGCGCGAAGAAUCAUGCGCGACGUCGGCGCCGACGAGGCGCUCGUGCUGCUCCUCGUGCACACGUCGCGCGACGUCGCGUUCGCCGCCGCGGGCGCGCUCGUGAACGUCGCGGCGGAUCCCGCGACGAAGGGCAUCCUCCUCCGGGACGACCUCGGCGGGACGCGCGAGCUCGUGGAGAUCGUGCGCCGCGCGGGGCUCCAGGACCUGGCUCUAGCCGCCGUCGCCUGCAAGGCCCUCCACAACCUGCUGCUGGAGGCGGAGGUCGGCGGCGCGGCGGCGCUGCUGGGCGCGCGGGUCCAUGGCCGCCUCCGCGACACGCUCGCGGAGCUCGUCGACGCCGCCGAGGACGCGGCGACCAUCGCCGCGGAGACGCCGGGCGCGGAGCCGGACGCGGGCUGCACGGACUUCCUCGCCGCGGCGCGCGCGCUCCAGCUCAUCCUCGACGAGGCCUGA